ACGAUGAUAGGAAAAGUAGGAAACGAAUGGGAGUGUUUCAAGUUUAAUGUGCCUCGAAAAAGUCAAAUCGAUGGUUCCAAUCAAGUGGAAGAGAGAUAGAUGCGGCGCAAGCGUACAAUGAGCGUAACGGGACAAUGAGUCUUUUUUUUUCGAGCGUGCAGCCGGCGUUCAUGGAUUUAUUAGACGUUGUCACGUCAAAAACGGUCUUCACAAUGCAAACCUUAAACUCCAGCCAAUGGUUUGGGCGUAUAACGAACAUAGCAUUAAAAAAAACUGCUUCACCCAGUUAUUAUGGAAACAGGCAGACGUGGCCACCCCCUGGUAGGUACAGCCGGGGAGCCUACAAAAUGGUUGCUUAGCUGCGGGAGUAACCAUUGCGAACUAAGUUCCAGAUUAUUCUAACACACGUUAGAAUAACUUAACAUCGCCCUCAGAGAUGUUUUCCGGAAAAGAUUUUUUGCUAAAAUUUUCCUAUAAUUUACCUGAAAUUAGUUUUUUAAAUACUAAUUUUACCAACAGUUUUAUACAAAAAUAACAUAAGGACAAAAGAAGUGAGCAAUAGAUGGCAAACAAAAGACAAAAUAUGUCUAUACAUAUGGCUAUAGUCCACAGUUCUAUACCCUGAAAAUCUCAGUUUCUAUGAUUGUAGCAAAAAUUAGUGUUGAUUGACUUAACGAGUGAGAUACUAAAAGUUUUUACAAUAAAGACUACAUACGAACGGUUAUUAUAAAACUGUAUAACAUCCUGUUUCAUGCUUUCAAUACGUGCCGGGACUGACAAAAAUAUUUCUUGCAUGUUCCUAAAAACCGUCAAAUAAGUACUUAAGUUGAUCAAACCUUUUAUAAGUUAUGAAAAAAGGUUUUUCAUUACGAAUUUAAUAAGCUCAUGAUAAAGACGAAAUCAUAGAAGAAAAAUAAUUUAUGAUACUACCACCUCGCUUAAAAUGACAUCUUAAAAAAAAUUACGUUACCUUGUUUCGCCAAACAUUCACAGUUCAAAUUGUACCUUGACUAGCUAGUUUGUAGUUAGUAGAUUCUCGAGCUCCGGACAUACGGUUUAUCCGAACGGGAUUUUAAAAAUGAUAAGGAUUCGUAGUUUAAAUUUUAGGUCUAUGUAUACAGUAGGAUAAGGAAUAAAAUUAAGCUGUAGGAAAAUUUAUAUUUAUGAAAAAUAACACCAUAAAUUUAAAAUAUUAUUAGCCAUCUAUAAUUAGCAUUUUAUGACAAAUUGCUUUUAAACCGGACUUUCUGUGAUCCGGACAGGGUCUAGUCCCAUGUAGUCCGGAUUAUCGGGACACUACAUAGGCCCAUAUCUUGAUUUUGUCUGUAUUUACUGGUUUGUAGUGGAUGCAGCUGAGAGGUAUUAUUAGUAAAAUCCUAGCUCAAGUCAGUAUCCUUGAAAAAUUAAAUUCACAAAGGUAAAUUUUGCAAGGAUGUGCGUUCGAUCGAGUACGAUGGCUUCCUACAAGUACGGCGCUGGCAUAACUUGGAGACACACAACAUAGAAUUUUCUACAUUACACCUGUUCUAAGUUGUGUUUAUUAAACGUGUUUCUACUUUAGGCGUUUAUAUGCUAGUCUUAUUUUGUUAAGGCGUUUUCUAUGUUAGCGUUACUGUGUUAAGCGUUCCUGAGUUGGACGUUCGUGAGUUGGAAGUUCGUGAGUUGGACGUUCGUGAGUUGGACGUUCGUGAGUUGGACGUUCCUGAGUUGGACGUUCGUGAGUUGGACGUUCGUGAGUUGGACGUUCGUGAGUUGGACGUUCGUGAGUUGGACGUUCGUGAGUUGGACGUUCGUGAGUUGGACGUUCGUGAGUUGGACGUUCGUGAGUUGGACGUUCGUGAGUUGGACGCUCCUGUGCGAAGCGUGUAUCCCCCCGAGCCGUGGCGAGCCGCAAGUGGCCUGCACCGACCAGAAAGAGUUCAGCCUGUCCAACCGGGACUUUGGCUGGGGGCAGACUUCUCAAGGUGAGCGACCGGUCGUCUGUGCGGCCCGGCUGACUCACCGCGCCGCGACGGCCGAGGUCGCGCAGCCGAUAGUCCGGAGCUUGGAUUACUACUCACUACUCACUACUCACUCACAGCAGGGAUUGCUGUGAUUCCACACACUACCCCUUCGCUUAUUGAGAGAUUUAAAGCAAUUAAGAAAAAUUAAUCCAACGUUACCUUGGGUUGUCAAACAUUCAGUUGAGGUCAUCGGCGUCAUCAUAUCUUCGUCGGGCCGUCGAGAAAAAGCGUAACAUUGAUUGAUAUCCUAACGCACGAUUUUCUUAGGCCCAUCCCAGAAUAUGAUUCGUUUUGGCCGAAUUGUGGCCAACAUUUACAUAGCGAGGGCUAAUUGAUAAAAAUUCAGUCGAUUAACUUGAACCUUGUAGACCUUUUAUUUUUGUAGCAUGUAGAGUCAUUAGCUCAUCCGGUUAAUCCGAACGGAAUUUAAAAAUAAAAAGCAGGUUUAGUGGUUUGAAUCUUAAGUCUACGUAUACAGUAGUAUUGAAAAUAAAAUUAAAGCCGUGGGGAAAGUUUAUUUAAUUUAUUGAUGAAAAAUACAGGGUGGCCACCGACCCGGGAAAAACCGGGAAACCUGGAAAAAGUCUGGAAUUGGAAAGGACCCGGGAAAAAUCUGGAAAUAAUCUUGCAUUUUACUAGUCAUUAGGGAAAAGUUCGUUUGUGUGCCCCGCUUUUACACGCAGCGUCUGACUUGCAAGAAACUGCGUCGGCUUUAGUUUCGAAUUUAAUUAAUUUUUCAGCUGUUUAUUUACUAUAUCUAUGUGUUUUACGACUUAACGGGAAGUCAAAACAUUCAUUUUACGUAUUUGAAGACGUUCGUGUUUUCGUACCUGUACUUGUUCUAAAUGACUAACGAAAAAAAAAAAAAAAUACUUUACCCAGGUCUACCACCAUAAACAUCGUUUCUAACAGUAAUACGCUCCACGAAUGCGUGGGUAAUACAAUGGUAGUACAUGAGUUUGAAUUCAGCAGUUGGUUGCAAUGAUCGGUCGUAGGAACCAAUGACAAAAUUAUAUGCGUUCUUAUAUUCUUAUUGGCGUAUUGCGCAGUUUUUUCGUUUGUGAGGUAUGAGGAGGGUUUAGAAGAUGGCGAUGGUGCGUCGAUUGUUUAGCGGAACACGAACGUGAAUAAUUUUUUGUUUGUAGUUUUUGGAAGCAUGAGUAUCUUGUAGCAGUGAAUGCAGGAGGGAGGUUAGGAUCAUGUCAACGAGAUAUUCCUGUCGCUAUGAGGUGGAGUUUCCGUGGGCCACCGAGGACCCUAAAGACAAAGGUAGCGCAAAGUGCAAGAUCUGUGCGAAAAGUUUUAAGUUAGAUACUAUGGGCAGAGGUGCCUUUUUAAGCCACGCCAAAUCGAAAUUUCACCAAAAUGCGAAGUCAUGCCAAGAUAGAAAUAUGUACGUUACUGCAUUUUUUUCCACUCAUCCUGGUCAACACCAUGAAGCUGUUCCGUCUUGCAGCAAAGGUAUUGCUGCACGACAUGAACAAGCGAAUCAUGUCGAUCCUGAUCAGAAGUCAUCUGUAGAUAACUUGGUAUCAACUAUCGAUACCAGCGAGACUCCAAAUCGAAAUGUUCUUCAAAGGUUCCUUUUGGGGGAACAUAUUCCGAGGGCGGAAAUUUUGUGGGCUCUUCACACUAUUGUUGGUCACACAUCACUUCGUAAAGCAGCUGAAAGUGUAUCAGUCAUGAAACUCAUGUUUCCUGACUGUGCGGUCACUCAAAAAAUGGAGUUGCAGCGUUCGAAGAUUGGUUAUCUAAUUAACCAUGGCAUAGCUCCAUAUUUUGAAAAAGAAUUGAAGGAGCUGGUAAAAAAAUCAUCUGAAAUUGUUAUUGGUUUUGAUGAAAGCCUAAACAAGGUUGUUCAGCGUGAACAAAUGGAUAUACAUGUCCGCUUCUGGGAUGAAGAACUCAACAUGGUGCAGUCUAGGUAUUUCACGUCAGUUUUCCUAAGCUCUACUCGAGCCCAAGAUAUAUUGAAGGGACUCAAGAAUGUUUUAGGACAUGAAAAUUUGAGAAAAAUUAUUCAAGUGUCCAUGGAUGGGCCCUCUGUGAACUGGAAGCUAUCUAAGGAUCUAGUUACUGAAUUGCGUGAAGAAAUAGGUCGUGAAGGUUUUGACCUAAUCAACAUUGGCAGCUGUGGGCUUCAUGUUGUACAUGGUGGGUUUAAAGAAGGAAUAAAAGUGACAGGAUGGUGUGUAGUCGGGUUCUUAAGAGCGCUUUAUUAUCACUUCAAUGAUGUUCCUCUGCGGAGAGCAGAUUUCUCAUCUUGCACAGGUUGCACUGUAUUCCCCCUUAAAUUUUGCUGUGUGAGAUGGGUGGAAAAUAAGAAAGUUGCUGAAAGAGCUUAUGAACUACUGCCACAUAUGAAGACUUAUGUUGAAGCCAUCGAAAAGCAAAUAAAGGACAAAGUGAAACCUAAAGAUUCACACUUCAAACGAAGUUUUCCUGCUCUUAAAGAAUCCCAAAAUUUCAAGAUUAUUUGUAGUGCUGUAAAGGAUGAGAUGAUGGGUGCCAAACUGGCCUUUUUCACUGCUGGAGCAUCACUUGUAGAACCCUUUCUACGAGAAUUUCAGAGUGAUGACCCAAUGGCACCAUUCUUGCAUCAAGAACUUCAGGCACUCACAACCACUGUGCUUAAGAGAGUUGUUAGAAAAGAGGUUAUCGAAAGUGCUCAAUCAAUUACAAACAUUGACUUGUCGAAAAAUGAAAACCUUCUGCUGGCAAAUCAGGUGGACAUUGGUUUUGCAGCUACAGAUGCUCUGAAGAAGGUACGAGGUCAGCUUGCUGAGAAGGUUGUGCCACAAUUUAAAAAUGACUGUAGAUCAUUUUAUGUUGGCUUCCUUCAAAAGGUUCUGCAGCGUUCUCCACUUGCAUAUAGUCUUACUAGACAAAUCUCCUGUAUCAACCCUGAGUUGAUACGUAGUAAACCAAACCUUGCUGAGAAAAGAAUUAAAGCAUGCUUGGAACUUCUAGUUGAAAAGCAACAGAUCCCGGGGUCCACCGCUGACAAGAUUCUGCAAGAAUACCAAGAAUUUAUCCAGAUAGCUUCCGUGGGAGAAGCCAUGAAGUCUUAUCAUCGCCAGAAUCAGCGUCUAGAUUUGUUCUACGUGCAGGUUAUGGUGGAAUCUGGCAAAUCAUUUCCAAGUUUACUACUAUUUAUCAAGCAUUUGCUUAUUCUUUCCUAUGGAAAUGCUGCUUUGGAACGUGGUUUUUCCGUAAAUUCGGAUUGUCUGGUUGAAAAUCAAACUGAGGAUAGUCUUAUUGCACAAAGAAUUGUGUAUGAUGCUGUCAUGAAUUCUAAGGGUGUGCAACAUGUGCAAAUUACUAAAUCGCUUAUCCACUAUGCAAGGAAUUCUUGUGCGCGUUAUAAGGAGCAUCUGGAGAGUAAAAGAAAGAAGGUAGAGGCUGAAAAAAGUGAAAGGGACAAGAAAAGAGAAGCUCAAAAAAAUCUAAGGGAACUGGAGGCAAAAAAGGCGAAAAUAAUGAAUGAUGCCUUAAAAGAGGCAGCCCUCAUUGAUGAAGAAAUAAAAAAACUUUAAAUGGUUCAUGUGUGUGGAAAAGUGAGAAUUUUUGUAUCAGCGAUUUUUAUUUAAAUAAAAUAACACUUUAUAUCAAGAACACUUCAAAAUACUUCAAAAUGUUUUUGUAAUUUGUUCACUGAUUGGUGAGUAUUCUUGGUUUUAAUAAAUUCUUAAAGUGAUUAUUGUUAUAGUGUCCUUGAUGUCGGUAAACAACAUUAAUCAAAACAAUUGAAAAACUAUUUCAAAAUAUAUUUUUUUGCCACAUAUAUGUCAAUUUUUUUAAACCUGGAAAAUCUUAAGAAAACCUGGAAAAAUCUGGAAAAAGUCUGGAAUUUGGUUUUAAUAAUAGAGUGGCCACCCUGAAAAUAACACCAUCGAUUUUAAUAGUUUUACUCAUCUAAAAUUGUAUAACUUGCAUUUUUAGGCAAAUUCCUUUCAAUCCAGGCUCUUAUGGUCGGUGUCAAAUCAGGCCACUUUCGGCCCACCAAGGCUUCAUUCAUGUUCAUUCGCUAUAGCAGAGCGAGCUGCGAAUCGGCGUGGUUACCCUAAGCGAUUUCGCUCUCAACGGGUGGAUUUGCGGGUGGAUAGCUAGUGUACAUUGGUUUGAAUAUUUAUUAAAAGUUUGUUAUAAGAAUAUUUCAAGCCGCGCAUGCAAUGAUCAUUUAAUGGGGGAAAAUAUCUAGGCUAAAUGAGUUAUUUUCUCGUUCGGAGUCACCUGCCAGGCAAAAUUGUUAAUUUUUGUUAUCAUUGUUUAUACAGUUUUUAGCACGUAUUUUGAAUAAAAAUAAUGUGAUUUUCCUUGUAGCGUCUAGUUUCUCCCGUAGAGUUUUUCCGUCAAUUUUGUUUCGAGUGGAGCUUUACCACUCACGAGAACGAAGUGAUUAUUAGAGUUGCGGCGGCUCCACCAAGGUUCUCCGUAGAAAGGAAUAUUACGUGGUGUUUUCAAUUGACUUCAUCAUUGGGAAGAAGAAAAAUAAAAGAAAGAACUCGGACCUUUCCCCGGGUAGGAAAUUUUCCACUCUGAAUUUUUUCAAUCACCUGGGAAUUGAACGUGAAACUCACGUCUAAGCGUUCAGGCCACGAAGACCAAUAAGUAGUAUCUUGUUUGAGACGGACUAAAAUUAAUUUUACUUAAGUUAGUGCUUUCCAGUGACUUCAUUAUAACUAUAACUAAAUGGAGCUCAAGGCUGUCAGCAUAGCGCUUUAAGUGCUAAAAAAUAAAUAAAAUAUUGCUUGCCGCUCUCUAAUACGUUAAAUCUGUAGUCAAGAAUCAACAUUUUACUCGCUUUCUUUGUUCAGAAAGUUAAGGAAUACCUACUAUUUAUCACAGCAAAUGUUAGACAUGAGUUUUAUUGUGAAAAAAGUUUUAUCACAAUACAAGGAGUCUCCAGGUACCUAAUGUAGGAAGAAAAGUAACCGGACAUGAUAUCCAUGAAGAUAGCGUGUAUAGUUUUGGAAUGUCCUUUCUUUAUUUUUAUAAUAAUUAUUUAUAAGAGUAAUUAACUCAUAAAAUACCUUUAUUAGUACAUGGUCAAUUUACUAGCUUGGGUGGUUGUAACAAAAUGUGUGGUAUGUUAUACUUAUGCUGUGUUUCAGAGAGAGAGAGAGAGAGAGAGAGAGAGAGAGAGAGAGAGAGAGAGAGAGAGAGAGAGAGAGUAUGUUCGUUGCGAAGUGUGUUUUGAAUUUGAAACAUUUGCGUCAUUAUUCGGGUAACCACUUUAACACUUGCAAGGUCUAACUGGUGGUGUCUUUCUCUAACUUCAAUGAAUCCGUUGUCGUUCUCCGAUACUGGUUGCACUUCUUUCAAUCACGCGUGACAAUUUCAAAUUCAAAAGAUUUUUAUUGUGAUGUUUGAUUACAUUUUUUGUUUACAAUGGUUCACUUAGUGGAACGCCAGCACAUUGUGCUCUUUUUCCAUAUGUUACAGACAUUUUACAACAUUCCGUAUACUUAUACAUUUUCAGAUAUUAAAUAAUUGUUGUUAUUGGAGGAAAAGUUUAAAAAACCUCCGAAUCACGCGUGACCGGCAGUGGAGAAAUAAUCGUUUCCUUUCGUUGGAUCUCCGCGUCGACCCUUCCUCUUGUUCGGUGCGCUGCACUCGACACGCCCGUCGUUCCCCGGUGGUGGGUUUGGUUGGGGAGGGGGGGGGGGGGUCGCUCGUCUCGCGCCUCCGCGCACUUGAAAGGGAAACUUCGGGGUCCGACGACGGGUAGACCCGAAGUGGUUGCGGCGGGCUCCGUGAAUGGGUUUCCCCCCCGUCCGCGAUUUGCAUAUGCGACGGGGUUCCGAACCCAUGACGUGGGGAGGGGGGGAAGAACGUUUUGUGCGCUCGCUGCAGUGCGGUGGGGAGUCUGAAAGGACUCGGUGGGGGGAAAAGGGGAUCCAGUCGACCAUUAUCCCUAGUCAAAGGGUAUGUAUGAGUGAUGUCACUCCUUCGACCCGCAGACAAAGAAAAUCUCGUAAACGGGAACAAAUUGGAUGAUCAAAAAAAAAUUUGUCUUUAAAACCUAAAACACCAGGGAAUUGACAAUAUCAUAUAAAAAAAGUAAAUUUUUAUAUUGUGUAGUUUAAGUUAUAACUGGAUGUAUUUUCAUAGUUUCCGUUAUUCAUUUGUAUCCGAUUUAUACUAAAAUAAAUCAAACUUAGCUUAAAGCAUGAUUGAAUAUCUAUAGUAUUUCAUAAAUUAUCACAAUAAGUAAUUUGUAGCUUCAAACUUUGAUCAAAUACAUUUCAUUUAACCCCACCCCCCUCCUCUUUCAGGCCGGCAGUAUUUAUAGAAUUAACAACAGUGCAAACUAUGUUAUUGUGCAGGAAAGUAUUCUGUACUUAAUUACGCGUGUUAUGUAUGUACGUUGGAAAUGGUUUUUGAAAGUAAUUUUUAUUUUAAUGCAACUUUUAUCUUGCCAGAUUGACAGAUAAGACAUGGGGAAAAUAAAUUUAUGUGGAGCAGGGAAAACUUGAGGAAAUUGGCUGAAGUAAAAGUGUGGGAAGCCUGUUUCUACUCGUGGUGCGUGGGACAGCAUCGCUAUGGUUGUGCUGAUGGUCUGUUCAUCGUUAAUUAGCUUUUCCUCCCAUCCCCCUCCUUUUUUCACCUCCUCUAUCCUCCAACUCUCCUUAUGACGCGCAUCGUGCUGCUGGUUUGUACCCUUGACUUGAUGUAAUGCACACCUGCAAGGUCUCUAAUGAUGGAGUGUCCAUAUUCACAUUGUGAGUAAUACUUUAGAUUUAAUCCUUACAUUCGAUAUUCGAUUAUAAUUAUAUAGAACUCAGUCUCAGAAAAACAAGACUGAAAAUUCUGCGACGGACGAAAGCUCCAUGUUGUACGCCCAAAAUUUUUUCAACGAAUCCAUAAGCUCCCGAUUGCAACAAACUUACAUUAGUAAUUUAAAAUACAUAUUAAUAAAUAACUUGGCAUAGCUUCAGUGCGUUAAUUUGUAACUAAGGACUAUGCAAAUUGCUGCAGAACCUAAUUCAGAGUGUUAGUUUGUUGCGUCACGAUACUAUACUUUUGUGUUUGGUGUUUUCGUGAUAAAGGCCCCGGGGCGUUUUCGCCAAGUUUUCUUCCCAAUGUAUUGGAAUCCAUACAAGGGGCAAAAAAAAAAAAAAAAUAAAAUCUGGAAUCGCAUAGCGGUCGUUUCAAACUGAGCUCUCCUUCAAUUUGGUUUUUGUUACGUUUGUUAAUUCAGACGAGUCGAUUUAAUGAUGCACAACGAGCUUCAAAAUGUAUAAGAAAAGCAUAUUAGUGGAUUUAUCGAUGUAGUUUUGGCAUUAAAUCGUUAGUUUUUUUUUUUUUUUUUUUUAAUAUUUGAUUUCUAUCAUCUGCUGCAGAUUGAUUUUGCUGUUGGAAAUUGUGCGGUCGCUUCGAUUAGCUAAUACGUAGUAUUUCGAAGGUGUUUUUAAAUAUACGGAAUAAAUAAUUAUAUCAGCGAGCGGGCUGUUAAACUACACACGACGUGGAUUACGAUAUCGUAUGCUAGCUAGAAACUUGCAGUGCGCUGUUUGUAGUUAAUUCCUGUUUUGUAUUAAACCGUCAGAUAUCUGCGAAAGGGCUUCGACCCUAAUUGGUGUUUAAAUACGGCCCCUAUUUCUCAUCAUGUAGCCGCCGCUCCUGCAAAUUACCAAAGUUUCUGCGAGGAAAGGUUUUUGACGUGGAAAAGUUGGUUGGGGGAGGGGGGGGGGGGAGAGAGAGAGAUUGACUUGAAAUGAGAGACUGGGGUACAAACUUGUUGGCGUGUUGUAACACGAAGACGUUAACUUUCGCAAGGCUGAAAGCGAUGCGAUCUCCAAGAUUCAGGAUGACUUAGUUACCUUAUACACUCUGCUCGUAAGCGAUUCAUACGGCAGGUUGUACACUAACCAUGGUUGCUUUGGCCUUCUCGAUAUAUCAUUGAUUGCACCAUGGCUAGUGAGGACAUCUACGAUUACUGCUUUUUUUCAAAAUUUCUAAGAAAGUUAUUCCACGCCAACUUGCAUUUUAUUUAUUUAUUUUUUGUUUUCUGUUAUUCAUCCGGGAGGCAAUUACUUUUUAAUGACGCGGGCAGCUACAGUAGUGUUAAUAGUCAACAUCGGGUCUACGAAUGUUGUCUCCAGAAAUUGUCUUCCGUGAAAUAAAAUACGGGGGCUGUAGUUCAAGUUGCGGAUUUAUAUUUCCUCAUCUUAUGUGACUGGACUUAACGUCCGCUUUAGAACCGCAUUCGCGUCGUAAAAUUAACUCUGGUCACAUAAUUGCUGCCUUGCAAUACCGUCUCGUAUGUCAGAUUUAUGCUGCCGACUUUUUUCCUCCGCAUAUUCCAGACUCUGCUCAGGUUUCUAAAUGUAAAACGUGCUCAGCCACAUAAAAAAUAAGCCAAUUAAAAUUUUAAAAUAUAUUUUACUGUUCUGCAUAUAACAAAAGUUUUGAGGAAAGUACACUUUUUCAAUUUUAAAUAAAUGUAGUUCUUCCGUUCUUUGGAUUGUUCUUGCAAAGCGGAAGCUUGAUAUAAAAGAUUUCCAUGGACAUAUGCCAUUGCUGGUUUUAUCUGUAUGUCCUAGAGAAACCUCAAGAAAGAAAAAGAUGAAUAAACAAACACACAGAAAACCAGCCAAAAUCAACCGAUCAGGUUAAACACACAGCACAGAUCAUUCCGUGGAAGGUAUUAGUCGGAAAAUAUAUCACAGCGUAGACGAACAGUGGGUUGACAACGAAACUGUUGUAACAAGAACAGAAAACACAAACAACAAUCUUAGAAAACACAGCGACAAACAGACGAACCCAACGAUAACACAAAAAAAAAUAUGGACAACACCUCGACAACGGCAUAGUAAGCUUCCUAAGACACCGUUGCGAGGUUUCGGGAAUUGAAAUAUGUUCCUGUCAUCGGGCACAAACAGACUGAUAGAGGACACUGUAACAAUAAGGAAUUGUAUGUGUUUGAUCAGCUCUCCUGGCGCAGCCAAUGACAGACGAACACUCACCUGAUUGUUCACGCACCUAAGAGUUUUUGUCAUUGGCUGGUGUCAUGCUGGGGGUGGUUGUUUUGUAAUUGUUUAUGGUGAUCAGUUACCCUUUGUUUUUAUUAAAAGUAUCCAUAUAUUUUUUAAAUCAAUAUUUUGUUCACUUAUUACCUUGUUAGUGCUGACAAUAAACGUAGUUUCGUUUUAAUGGGGUAUUUUUUCUGAAAGCGUGGAGUAUCAUUGUGCCAGUGUAUUUGAUGGCUUUUGUCCCAGGCAAUUUUGGCAAGUCGAGAUCUUUGAGUUUCGCCUUUCUGUGUGUUAUUUUUCUGCUCUUUAAUGCGUGUUGAAAGGGCACUGCCAGAUUUUCUGAUGAACAUGUUUUCAUACUCAGGGGGAAUUUGAUAAACACAGUUCUGGCAUUGAAACUUGUCUAUGACUUGUUUUAUUUUUGUGAUCAUGCUUUUGGUAGUGGAAUUUGUUCAUAUUUGUUUCCGUUUCGUUUUCUUCUUCUGAGAGUCCACGAACAUACGGAAUAACCAAAUUACCAUUUGGUUUUUCGGCCGCUUCUUGUGAAAAAAUUGUGGGAUUUGUUGUAACGUCUAAUUGAAUUUACUUUGACAGUAAAAUGUACGGUACUAUUUUGUCUUUAGUCCUCUACUGUAAAAAUUUGUGUUUCCUUCCUGGCUUCACGCAUUCACACCAAUUACACACGGCGAUAACAAUGGAGAUGGGAAACGAGUGUGAAAACACUCGUGAAGGUCGUCCUGAGUGCCAGUUCUCAGGCACGUGCUUUCUCUCUCUCGCUCCAUCUUUAUUUUUAUCUUUUUAUUUUCUCUGACUCAGUCUCUCUUGCACACACACACACGCGCGCGCGCACACACAUAAACAAGGACGCGUUGCUGACUUACUAAUAAUCACUUGUAGUUCUUAUGUGUGACCGAUGAUCUGUCCAUCUGAAUCCAAUUUCCGUUCUUGUUCGCUGAUUCAAAAUAUGUAUAUCAUUUUACUGCCAGACGAUGGGUGGAGUCCUAAUACAGUGGCCUUGACUUCCGAUUUAUAACCGAUUCGGUCGGUGACAAAGCAGGAAAUAAAUUAUUGCAAAAAAAACUCCAGUACAUUUUUUAAAACUAAUGUCUGCUCCACGAAAACAUGCUCAUUUCAGUCCCGAGUCUAUUCGUUCUGGAGCGAGGCUGGACUUUACAAACAUGUGUUGUUGCCAGCAGGCUUCGCUUUCUCUCCGGGUCGCACGUGCUUCGAGAAGAUUAGUUUCCAGGUGUUGGGCAUUGGCCUCGGGUUCUUCAGGGCGUGUCGAACAGCCCGUGAUCCAAUGACAAGGGCCAUUCCAAGCGUACACACAUUUCCAAUAAUAGCGCCAAUUCUGCAGUGUCUUGUUUUCAGGAGGGUUGAUAUUUUGAAGAAAAAUCGUGUAUCUAGCGCACGGUUUUUAUGCAUUUAUAUAUCAACCGAAGGGUGGUGUUGGUUUUUUUUUUUUUUUACAAGCGUUUGUCAUAUAGGUUCAAAAAUUCUGGCAAAAAUUUAACACUGGAAUCUAAUAAUGUAAAAUGAAUUUCUGAGACUGGAAUAGCCGUGUAUGUACGCGAAUCCCUCUUUGGUCGCAUUUUAUGUGCGCGGGAAAUAGUAGUCAGACCUACACACCUCAUUAACAGCCCAUCCUCUUUGUGCCGGUUACAGGGGCUUAACAAGGAUAAAGGAAAGGGGAAGUGAGGGUUGUAGUAAAGUAAGUAGGGAUGCUGGACAAAGCUCGGCCAAAAAGGUAUAACAGGCUCGUAGUCAUGCAAAUAUGUUGGUCCGUUGCUGAAGAGUUAGUUCAAAGGAUGGCCGCGGUAAUCCUGUUUUUUUUCUUCUUUCAUGCUGAGAGUCUGUCUUCUCUCGGCGCUUACAUCCGACUGGAGGAUCUCGACAUAGGGGGUCGUGUUCGGGCGAAGCCGCGGCCUAGCGGUUGAUCAGUUCCGACUACUGUCCCCCUUAGCGCGUCUCCUGCCUUCCUUCAUCCUCUACAUCCUUCCACAGGUUUCUACCCCGUUUUGUCUCCCGUCAGCAACCUAACCCUCCUCCUCCCCCCAACCCAACUUCAUUAGCGUGUAGCCGCCGCAAAGGAGAUUCCGUUAAGUCCCCUCCGACUGUGCCGGCGAUACCACAAUCAUCGCGAGCGGCGAAUUGAAAUUCGGCGAUUUAAGCCACUGCUACACAGAACGCUAUGCUCGCUAUGUUCGCGAUGUGAGUAAAAUACAGCCAGCUGCAUCUCAGGUGUCACUGGCCACACCAUAGCUGUGUUCGCUAUGUUCGCUAUGUUGGCGACGUCGCUAGGUGUUUGGUUCUCGGCUGUUUUUUUCUAAAACGUCGCUGACUUCGCGCAUGUGCAGAUAAACAGAAAUAAUUUUUUUUUCUUGCGGAAUUGUGCUGUACGUCUGUGUUUUCUUUAAAUUAGUAUCAUGCCGUUGGAGAAGUUCAUUGAAGAAGAACGAAAAUAUAAAUGUUUAUGUAGUAAAUUGUAUAGAAGAAUAUAAGGCUUCCAACACGCGAUUGGGGUGGAAAGGUCAUUCGAUAGCACAACGUCGUUAUUACAGCGAGCACUCGGCUACUACUGUUCUCUAGUUGGUGUACUGUUGCCUUUCACUUUCUUCAUGUAACUGAAUUUGCAAGAAGCCUUGCGGUGCCACGAAAAUAAAAGGACAUCCAGACACUUUCACUGCAUGUGCGUAAUAACUGUCCCAUGUCAUUGUUUCUUUGGUAAUCUUUGCGGCUUGUUAAAAGUUAAUAUGUGUCUUAUUUCCUUAAGUGUUGUGCAUUUUUUUUGUACGGCUGUACUUGACGUUAUUUUUGGGAGCAGACUUUACUUUGCAGUUUGCAUGGCGGAAAAAGUAGUGUACAUGACUAGGACGUUCGACGUACUAGCGCAUCGCAUUAUAAACAAAAGUGACCAGUUUCAGUAUACCCAUUUCACCCUUUGGCAAGAAAAGCGAAAGCUUUUGUGAAUUUGAUGUGCGAGUGUCAUCUUGGAACAACUUUUUGCUCGCAACAGCCUACAUAAUCUUCUGGCUGCUGUUUAUCGUUUGACUACCAUUCACCUUACUGUGCUGAUUUGACGUCAAAUUGUACGCGUUAUUAGGCAAUAGUUGACUGAAUUUGAAACGAGGACCGUCGAGAUAGUGGCAAAUAAUUAUGUCGGUCCCCUUUUCCAUUAUUUAAUGGAUCAUUUUUGAAACCACACAACUUAAAAAAAAAUCAUUUAAAAACUAAUUAAAUUUUACCAUGGCCAUAACUGUGAACGUUAACUGUGCGUAUUACGUAACUUGUAAGGUUUCCAGUUGAUUUUAUUAGCAAUAUAUUUGUAUAUGUUUGUCCUAUCAGUGUAAACCAGGUUCCCACCUGGGAAUUUUGCAAACAUUCCCCCCCACCACCACCACCCUCCACAAAUUUCCUGCCAGACCCUCUUCCCUUUUGAUGGCUCUGUUUGAAACAGCAUAAUUCGAAAACAACACACAGCUAGUCGACAAAGUGAUUUGGGAAGGAAAAAAGGGGGUAGGUAAGGCACGAACGUAUUUCCCGGUACAAUAGUUUCGAAAACAAGGUGCCAGAAAGUUAAAUCAAUUCGUUGUUUCAAGUGAACAUUGUUUUUAGAUGUCGAAUAAUUAAAAAUUCUGUUUAGCGCCCCAUAACUUACGAAUAAAAAGCAUACGCCGUGAAGAAGGGGGGGGGGGGGGGAAUCCAAGGAAGAUGUUUGUGUCGCUUCCGCAGUAGAUGGAUCUUGAUUAUAACACGAGACGAUGGAAGUGUAAUGCAGUAGUUAAUGCUUUAAUAGCGGGAGUGGCGUUACUUUUUUUUUUUUUCGUGUCUUUCAUUACUCCAGUAGUUGCCUUGCACGGUUGAAGGCGAGGAACUCGUGACUUGAUGUAUUAAAGGGCCAAAAUGUCGCGGCGUCUUAAAUUUGUGUGUGACGUUGCAGGCGGGAAGCGGCAGGUGGUGGCAGCGGUCGAGUCGGGCAGCCGCUUAUGGCUCGCGUGGUGUUCGCACCGGAAGUUAUCUUUUAACCUUCGUCCACCCGCCGGGCCCUUCUGUGGGGCGGGCAGCUGGCAGCUCGCCGGAGAAUGAACGGCCGGGUCCGCUGCGCUUAUGCAGUACGACCGCGGCGUAAAGGCUGGUUUACGAUUGUGUGCUUGAGAAUUGUUAGCCCCGGCCUUAAUAUAUCUGUGCAUACGAGUGUAAUGAUGGUUUUGGUUAAGGGCCCCGCCUACCCGGGCACACAAGACAGCGCGCAAGCUUCAGGAAAAAAAAAUUUGGUUGUCUGUAAAGUCGGUUUACGGACGAUAGUUUAAC